AUGGCUGAGAAAGAAGAAGUAAAGCUUUGGGGGAUAUGGGCGAGCCCUUACAGCCGUCGUAUCGAGAUGGCUCUCAAACUCAAAGGCAUACUGUACGAUUAUGUUGAAGAAAUAUUGGAGCACAAAAGCCCUUUGCUUCUUGCACUCAAUCCUAUCCAUAAGAAGGUCCCUGUUCUUGUUCACAAUGGUAAAACCAUUCUUGAGUCUCGAGUGAUUCUUGAAUACAUCGAUGAGACUUGGAAGCAGAAUCCACUUCUUCCUCAGGAUCCUUACGAGAGAUCUAAGGCUCGUUUCUUAGCCAAACUGGUCGACGAACAGAUUAUGACUACGGGAUUUGUAUCAAUGGCAAGAGCAGACGAAAAAGGAAGAGAGGCUCUGGCCGAGCAGACAAGAGAACUGAUCAUGAAUCUGGAGAAGGAACUUGUCGGAAAAGAUUUCUUUGGCGGUAAGAGUGUCGGGCUCUUGGAUUUAGUUGCGGGAAGUACAAUUCCGUUUUGUUUGGAGAGAGGUUGGGAAGGAAUGGGAAUCGAAGUGAUUACAGAGGAGAAGUUUCCAGAGUACAAAAAAUGGGUGAAGAACUUGGAGAAGCUUGAGUUUGUGAAAGAUUGUAUUCCUCCAAGAGAGAAACAUGUUGAACACAUGAAUAAAAUGGGUGAGAGAAUCAGAUCGGCUUAAAUGUUCUUUACUUUUUUUUAUGAUUAGUUCUUUGUUCUAAUCAGAUCAAGCUAAUGUUAUCGUAGUUUGCUCAAAAAAAAAUCGUGUUUCUCUUAUUAAUAAAGACUAGAGACUUUUUCUGCG